AUGGAUAUCGUCCAAGCAGUCUCCGGCUACAUCACGAAGAUGUUGUCAGCUGGAGACAGCGCCGCUGGUACUCCAGCAGCGAAGAUGAAGAUACUCUUGCUGGACAGUGAGACUGUCGCGAUCAUGUCUACAGCCACCACCCAGUCCGCGCUCCUCAAUCAUGAAGUCUUCCUUACAGACCGACUCGAUAACCAGCAGCGCGAAAAGAUGCGCCAUCUCCGCUGCCUCUGCUUCGUCCGUCCCUCGCCGGAUUCGAUACAAUUCUUGAUUGAAGAGCUGCGGGAACCGAAGUACGGAGAGUACAACAUCUACUUCAGCAACAUAAUACGAAAAUCCUCUCUUGAGCGCCUGGCAGAAGCGGACGACCACGAGGUGGUGCGGGCCGUGCAAGAAUACUUCGCCGAUUACCUAGUCAUCAACCCAGACCUCAUGUCCUUAGAUCUUGGAUACCCUGGACACAUGAUAUGGAGCACGAGCCCAGAUUUGUGGCAUCCCGACUCGUUGCAGCGGGCCACAGAAGGCGUCCUCGCGCUGCUGCUGUCGCUCAAGAAGAAACCACUGAUACGGUACGAGAAGAGCAGUUUACUGGCGAAGAAGCUUGCUACCGAGGUGCGGUACCAGAUGACGCAGGAGGAACAGCUCUUCGACUUCCGGAAAACGGAUACGCCGCCUAUCCUCCUGAUUUUAGAUCGACGAGAUGACCCGGUAACGCCGCUGUUGACGCAGUGGACGUACCAGGCUAUGGUCCAUGAGCUCCUCGGCAUCCGCAAUGGCAGGGUAGACUUGAGCGAUGUUCCGGAUGUUCGGCCCGAACUGAAGGAGAUAAAUCUGUCACAGGAUCAGGACCCCUUCUUUAAGAAGAACAUGUAUCUGAACUUCGGGGACCUCGGCCAGAACGCCAAGGAUUACGUGGAGCAGUUCGCCUCUAAGACGCAAGGAACUCACAAACUAGAGUCCAUUGCCGACAUGAAGCGCUUCGUAGAAGACUAUCCAGAGUUCCGUAAACUAUCUGGCAACGUCACGAAGCACGUCACGCUUGUAGGCGAACUCAGCAGACGCGUAGGAGAAGACAAGCUCCUCGACGUCAGCGAGCUCGAGCAGAGCCUAGCCUGCAAUGACAACCACUCGAACGACCUCAAAGCACGCAUUCCAUCUCUAACGCUCCAACGCCUAAUCCAAGACCCCUCAAUCCCCGCCUCCAACAAGCUCCGCCUAACAGCCAUCUACGCAUUGCGCUACUCCAAGCACCCGUCCAACUCAACCCCCAUGCUGCUCGACCUGCUCGCCGUGGCCGGCAACCUCUCCCGCCACCGCAUCAACCUCAUUACCAACCUCCUCACCUACCACCACUCCCUGCAGCCCGUCGCGGCAGCCGCGGGCGGCAUCCCGGAUCUCUUCCAGUCCGGCUCGCUCUUCAGCGGCGCGCGCGACCGCUUCAAGGGCCUCAAGGGCGUCGAGAACGUGUACACACAGCAUUCGCCUAGGCUGGAGGGGACACUGCAGGACCUGAUUAAGGGCCGGCUUCGCGAACAACUUUACCCGUUCGUCGAGGGCGGCGGGGUGACGAGGGACAAGCCACAAGACAUUAUCGUCUUCAUGGUUGGCGGCACCACGUACGAAGAGGCUAAGAUGGUUGCGCAGGUCAAUGCGAGUUCGCCCGGUGUGAGGGUCGUGUUGGGUGGCACGACGGUGCAUAAUAGCAGCUCCUUUUUGGAGGAGGUAGAGGAUGCGGUGGAUGCUUGGCCGGAACCGGCGCCUGCGACUGCGGCUGGGAGGCUCAGGAGAGAGGUUGGGAGGUGA